GGGGCUUAAGAAGCUGGAACUUUCUGACCCGGGCAGCCCCUCUCCUCUCAGAGCGGAGCCCCGGAAAGCGCCCGGCAUCGAGCGAGCAGGAGGACGCGCUGCAGCUGGAGAUGGCAGAUCAGUGGCAGGAAUGCAUGGAUUAUGCAGUAACCCUAGCAAGACAAGCUGGAGAGGUGGUCCGUGAAGCUCUCAAAGACGAAAAGAAUGUUAUGCUGAAAAGUUCUCCAGUUGAUUUGGUAACUGCAACUGACCAAAAAAUUGAAAAAAUGCUUAUCUCUUCCAUAAAGGAAAAGUACCCAUCUCACAGUUUCAUUGGUGAGGAGUCUGUGGCAGCUGGGGAGAAAUGUGUCUUAACCGACAAUCCCACGUGGAUCAUCGACCCUAUUGAUGGAACAACUAACUUUGUUCACAAAUUUCCUUUUGUAGCUGUUUCAAUUGGCUUUGCUAUAAAUAAAAAGAUAGAAUUUGGAGUUGUGUACAGCUGUGUGGAAGAUAAGAUGUACACUGGCAGGAAAGGAAAAGGAGCCUUUUGUAAUGGUCAGAAACUACAGGUUUCAAAGCAAGAAGAUAUUUCCAAAUCACUCUUGAUAACUGAGUUGGGUUCUUCCAGAACACCAGAGGUUGUAAGAACUACUCUCGCUAAUAUGGAAAAGCUUUUUUGCGUUCCUAUUCAUGGGAUCCGUGGUGUUGGAACAGCAGCUACUAAUAUGUGCCUUGUGGCAACUGGAGGAGCAGAUGCGUAUUAUGAAAUGGGAAUUCACUGCUGGGACGUUGCAGGAGGUGCCAUUAUUGUUACGGAAGCUGGUGGAGUGCUAAUGGAUGUUACAGGUGGACCAUUUGAUUUGAUGUCACGAAGAAUAAUUGCUGCAAAUAGUAGAGCAUUAGCAGAAAGCAUAGUCAAAGAAAUUCAGAUCGUACCUUAUGAACGAGAUGAUGAAGAUUAAUUACAACAGCCUUAUAUUCAAUCAUAGUUGCUUUUCCCUAGAUUUGCUGACUUACUGAUGGAUAUCUGUUUCAGAUGAUAUGUUCUACUUAAAUUGUCUUUGUCUUGAUUAGAAAAUUGGAACUUGGUUCAUAUUUUACCAAGACUAUAUUUGAAAAAAUGCAUUUAAUGUUUGUUUCAUUGUUUUAAAAAAUUUUGCAUGUAAUAAUGUGCUUUAGGAAAAAGUACAGAACAGGAAGUACAGUUUGUGAGAUAAGUAUAACAACUGAAAUACUCAAUUAGCAAUUUUGCCUUUCUAAGUAUCUACAGUCCUUUGAAAUUAUGACUUAUUAUAUAUAUACAUAAACACUCACUUACAGAAUUACCUUUCUUUAAAAAAAUAUUCUCUUUAGUUUCCAAAGCCAUAUUUAAUUAAAUUUGUAAGGAUAUAAAGAGUACUUCCUAGACCAAGGUUUAUUUCUUUCCAGAGGACCUUAUUUGUUUUAUUCAUCAGUGUCUAUAUAGCACCUCUUAUACUUCUUGUCGAAUAGUAGGCUAUCCAAAAACAAACAUUGUAAGAAUGAAUAAUUGGAAGGCCACAAUUCCUAGUUAUAACAGAUACAUAAAAUAAUGAGCUCAUCAUUUUCUGUAUUUUUACUUCAGAUUUUGAAGUAAAAAUUAUCUAGUUCUCUUUUUUUGUAUUUUACAUUAUCAUACCAUUUCACAUUACCAUACUGCAAGAUAGGAUUGCUUACUGUGUUCAUUUCUGCAAUGAAUACAUUUCCAACAGCACUUUGUUACAGUAUAUUUUUGGAUUUGCUUUAAAGUCCCUCUAUGGGACAGGAGAAACUGUUUACCAAAGCACUCUUCUCAGAUAUUUGAACUAAUUAGAUAUAGUAGCAUUUUAUUAAAUCUAGUAUUUGCAAUUUGAAGAUAUUUACACUGAUUUGGUUAUGCUGGGAAAUACACUGUGUUGUUAAUAUUUGCUUAUUUGAUUUCUCUCCAAACUCAUUUAAUUUUAUUGUUGGUGGAUUCUACUGAGCCUUUAAAUAUUCCUUAAUAGUCUUUGGCCUAUCAAACUAAAAAAAAUUGUACUGGUUUAUAGACAUUUUUAAAGGAUUAAUUUAUUGUUUAGCCCAUGGCAUAUGAACUGACUACUAAGUUUUAUUAUAGGUUUCUAUCUGCCUUGUAUUUGAUAAAACAAAAAGGGCUUCUUUAAAGAUUUCAAAGUAUGGGCUUAUUUUAUUAUGUGUACAUCUAAUUAAAUAUAUAUGAUACUAAGAUUUGAAUAUUAAAAUUACUGUAUUUGUAUGG